GGAUGUUGGGCGGAAUUGUUGCUGUUUGUUGUGGCAGCGGAGACACAAAACUCAGCUUCCGUGUGUGACUGAGCGGAGACAAGAAGAGAAGGAGGAGGAGGAGAAGAAGAAGAAGAAGAAGAAGAAGGGGAGGAGAGAAGAGAAAGAGAAGAAGAAGAUUAGCAGGAGGAAGAGGAGGAGGGGGGAACCGUGCCGCGCUUCUGUAUGGCGGUGACAGUUUCCGCGGUAACUCUGCUUCCUGUUUAUCUGCAAUCACAGACACAUGCUAAGCUAAUGCUAACAGGAGCAGCCGCGCUGACGUGAAACUGUUCCUCUGACUGUAGUUACACUGAAGCUGAUAAUAAGCCAUGAUCAUUUACCGGAGCAUGCUCAGGACGGUCCUGUUAGCUGAAGCUAAGCUAGCGGAGGCUCUGUACAGGGAGGGCCGCCUCUCAGCAUGGAAAACGGACAGAGCACCACCACCAAGCUGGGCCUGCCGCCACUCACCCCAAACCAGCAGGAGGCGCUGCAGAAGGCGAAGAAGUACGCCAUGGAGCAGAGCAUCAAGAGCGUUCUGAUCAAACAGACGCUUACGCAGCAGCAGCAGCUCACCAGCAUACAGAUGGCGUCUCUCUCGAUGGGUCUGGGUGACGCUCUCUCUCCUCUCCAGUCAGUAGCCGCCCAGCGUCAGAGAGCUCUGGCCAUCAUGUGUCGAGUUUACGUGGGCUCCAUUUACUAUGAGCUGGGAGAGGACACCAUCAGACAGGCCUUCGCUCCGUUUGGACCAAUCAAAAGCAUUGACAUGUCCUGGGACUCUGUCACAAUGAAACACAAGGGUUUUGCCUUUGUCGAGUACGAGAUGCCUGAAGCAGCUCAGCUGGCCCUGGAGCAGAUGAACUCUGUCGUCCUCGGAGGCAGAAACAUCAAGGUUGGAAGACCCAGUAACAUAGGCCAAGCUCAGCCAAUCAUUGACCAGCUGGCAGAGGAAGCACGUGCCUUUAACAGGAUUUACGUGGCAUCUGUCCACCCCGACCUCUCCGAUGACGACAUCAAGAGCGUCUUUGAGGCUUUCGGGAAGAUCAAGUCUUGCAUGUUGGCCCGGGAGCCGAGCACCAGUCGGCACAAAAGCUACGGCUUCAUCGAGUACGAGAAGGCUCAGUCCUCUCAGGAUGCCGUGGCCUCCAUGAACCUGUUCGACCUGGGCGGUCAGUACCUGCGGGUGGGAAAGGCCGUGACUCCGCCCGUCCCCCUCCUCACGCCCACGGCUCCAGGAGGCCUCCCAGCCGCGGCCGCCGUGGCUGCUGCUGCCGCCACCGCCAAGAUCACUGCCCAGGAGGCGGUGGGAACGUCGGUGCUUGGAGCUCUGGCAGGACCGGCGCUCCUCUCUCAGCAGCUGGGAGGACUUCCUCAGGCUGUCAUGGCUGCUCAGGCUCCAGGUGUCAUCACAGGUGUGACUCUGGCUCGACCCGGCCUCCCUCAGGUGGGUCUGGUAAACCCGGUCCUUGCAACGCCCCCGGCACCGGGGGCCUCUUUUGGCUCUGAGGUGAAGAGGAAAGAAGAGGAGUUGGAGGAGUGUCAGCAGGAGGUGCAGCAGGAUGGAGCCAUGGAGCCAAUCAGUGAGCAGGAGCACAUGAGCAUCAGUGGCAGCAGCGCCAGGCACAUGGUGAUGAGGAAACUGCUCCGGAAACAGGAGUCGACCGUGAUGGUCCUGAGGAACAUGGUCGGUCCUGACGACAUUGAUGACGACUUGGAGGGCGAGGUCACUGAGGAGUGUGGGAAGUUUGGCCAGGUGAAGCGGGUCAUCAUCUACCAGGAGCGUCAGGGCGAGGAGGUCGACGCUGACGUCAUUGUCAAGAUCUUUGUGGAGUUUUCAGAAGUGGCCGAGAUGAACCAAGCCAUCCAGGCGCUCAACGACCGCUGGUUUGGAGGACGCAAGGUUGUCGCAGAGGUUUAUGACCAGGAACGUUUCGACGCCAGUGACCUGUCGGCGUAGAGCACACACACACACACACACACACACACACACACACACACACACACACACACACAAACACUGUUUAACACAGAUACAAACUCAGCGUAGAGUAGUGGCCUCUUUCUAACUUGUCACUUUUUUAUCUGUUUGUCUUCUUUGCUUUGUCUCCGAACAGGAUUUAAAGGACCGUCAAGCUGUUUCUCAUGUUUUAACUACCGAUGACACAGUUUAUAUUCCUGCUGAUCGUUUUCCAAAUCAACAACGUUAUUGUUUUUUUAAUGUAUUCUGCACAUUAAACAGCUCUCCGCCUCACAGGACCAUCAUCAGCCUGUUCAACACACACAAACAUACAUACAUCAAAUACACUGGCAAUACUGAAGAGCUUAAUCUCGAGUUAGCAUAAGUUAGCAUUAGCAUAGUUUCAUAUCUCCUGUUAACAACAGGCAGCUAUGGAGGGACUUGUUGAAGAUGUUGAUUGACAUUUACAGCAGCCAGUGCACCACAUGUGGGUCUCACACACACAUA